AUGGAGCUGGAGAAGAGAGCCCCAGGUGUAAAGUCCGAGAAGCAGCGAAUCACGUUUUUAUGCUGUUCAAACGCCACUGGAUCCCACAAACUUAAGCUUUUGGCAAUUGGAAAGGCGAAGAAUCCACGCUGCUUUAAAAACUUUCAAUGUGCCACCGACUAUAAGAGCUUGAAAUCCGCCUGGAUGGCGUCGGCUAUUUUCAAGCAAUGGUUUCAUGAGACAUUUGUUCCACAGGUUACAAUGUUAUUAAAGGAGAAACCCUUAACAAUUAAAGCCCUCCUCCUUAUCGAAAUUGCUCUUUCUCACCCAAAUGAAGCUGAACUGACAACGGAGAAUGGGCAAAUUUCGGCAAUGUUUAUGCCACCAAACGUUACUCCCCUCAUUCAACCGAUGGAUCAGAAUGCAAUAAAAAUCACUAAGUUGCAUUACAGAAACAGCCUUCUAGCUUCAAUAGCAGCGACAAAGUCUGAUUUGCUCGAGUCGUUGGAGAAAAUUAACUUAGAAACAGCUAUACAUCUUUUGGAUGCGGCUUGGUUUCGUGUUGGUGAAGCAACAUUAGCUAAGUGCUGGAACAGUAUUUUAAAUUUUGUGGUAAACAAUGAUGAUCCCGAAGAUAAUGUUCCG